AUGAUUGCCAACCUACCCAUCGUAGUGGUCUUCGGCAUUGGUCUGAUGACUCUGCUAUACAUGAUCACCCAGCAUCAGCCCAGCAGACGAGCAGAACCUGAUGAGAAGCGGCCACCUCUCAAGCUCCCGCUGAUCGGUGAUCUUCAUAGCUCUCCGAUCGAUAAGCCCCUCGCCAACUGGGACGACUGGGCGCGGCGAAAUGGGCCCAUCACCGUUUCCAGGCUAUUUGGGAUCGCCCCAGUCGUGAUACUCAACUCUUACGAGGCGGUCACUGAAUUGUCAAGUCGCCGCAGCCAGUGGUAUAGCAACCGGCCGCGUUCGGCGACGAUGGAGAUAAUUACCGGAGCAGAGCCCGGACAGUCUCGGUUCACUCUGAUGCAUGACUACGAUGAUCACCUCAGGCUGCAUUCACAGACUGCUAGCUCCCAGUCUCGGGGCCCCUCGCGGCGCCGAGAUAUCAGCCGUUAA